AAGAGAGGAUCUUGUGGCUCCCAAGUCUCCAAAGUCUUCUCUUUUGCUCUAAAGAAUAAAAAAGAGAGUAAGAGAGAAGGAAGGAAGAAGAAGAUAAAAGAGGAUUUGAUUUUGAUUCCAUCAUCAUAAAACCCUAAACCAUCAAUGUCUUCUUCUACUCUUCAAGCUUCUCUUCUCCUUCGUCCUCCUCCUCCUCCUCCUCUUCAUUCAUAUUCCUUUAAGCCUCGUUCUUCUCUCUUCUCUCCUUGUUUGAGUUUUCACAACUCUCGAUUUCGUCCCCUUCCUUGUUCAUUGCGCCAAGACAAUGUCGCUUCCGACUCCGAUUUUAUUCCCAAGGACCCUGCUUUUCUUAGCCAAGGGGAGAGUACGACGGAUUCAUUUGUCACGGAUUCGGAAUUAGAGACGAACGAUAAAUUUGUGGGUGGUGAGGGGACGAGUGAAGCUACUAGCUUUGAGGCGGAUGUGAAAAGUGGAGGCGGAGAAGAAGAAGCAGAGGUUAUUGAUGGAGUAACGGAGGGAGAGGAGAAGAAGAACAAGUUUCGGAUUGUGGUGUUGAUGAUGGGACUAUGGGCGGCUGUAAAGAGAGCUAUGGAGAAGGUGAUGGAGUGGGAGUGGUUAAGCUGGUGGCCUUUCUCUCGCCAGGAGAAGCGGCUUGAGAAACUUAUUGCUGAGGCUGAUGCCAAUCCAAAGGAUGCGGCUUUGCAGGGAGCUUUAUUGGCUGAGCUCAAUAAGCACAUUCCUGAGGCUGUAGUUCAACGGUUCGAACAAAGGGAACACGCAGUGGACAGUAGAGGAGUUGCUGAGUAUAUUCGAGCUCUUGUCAUUACAAAUUCUCUUGCGGAGUAUCUUCCUGACGAACAAACCGGGAAGCCAUCUAGUCUUCCCACACUGCUGCAAGAGCUGAAGCAUCGUGCAUCAGGCAAUAUGGACGAAUCAUUUGUGAACCCUGGUAUAUCUGAGAAGCAACCAUUGCAUGUUACUAUGGUUAAUCCUAAAGUUUCAAACAAAUCAAGAUUUGCACAAGAGCUUGUCUCUACGAUCUUGUUCACAGUUGCGGUGGGAUUAGUGUGGUUAAUGGGUGCAGCUGCUCUGCAAAAGUAUAUUGGAAGCCUGGGAGGAAUUGGAACUUCGGGUGUUGGUUCAAGUUCUUCAUAUUCUCCAAAAGAGAUGAACAAAGAAAUAACGCCAGAAAAGAAUGUCAAAACAUUUAAGGAUGUAAAGGGUUGUGAUGAUGCCAAACAAGAGCUUGAGGAGGUGGUUGAAUAUCUUAAAAAUCCAUCAAAGUUUACCCGCCUUGGAGGAAAGUUGCCAAAGGGAAUUCUUCUAACCGGGGCACCUGGUACCGGAAAGACAUUACUGGCUAAAGCAAUUGCUGGAGAAGCUGGGGUACCCUUCUUCUAUAGAGCUGGAUCUGAAUUUGAAGAGAUGUUUGUCGGGGUAGGAGCUCGGCGAGUGAGAUCAUUGUUUCAGGCAGCUAAGAAGAAGGCACCUUGUAUCAUAUUCAUUGAUGAAAUUGAUGCUGUUGGGUCCACGAGAAAACAAUGGGAAGGGCAUACAAAGAAGACUUUGCAUCAACUACUUGUCGAAAUGGAUGGUUUUGAGCAAAAUGAGGGAAUUAUAGUUAUGGCUGCAACGAACUUGCCUGAUAUACUUGAUCCAGCCCUGACAAGACCGGGCAGAUUCGAUAGGCAUAUUGUCGUCCCUAGUCCGGAUGUCCGUGGACGCCAAGAGAUUUUGGAACUCUACCUCCAAGGCAAACCUAUGUCAGAAGAUGUGGAUGUUAAAGCAAUUGCUCGUGGAACUCCUGGAUUCAAUGGUGCUGAUCUUGCAAACCUGGUGAAUAUUGCUGCCAUCAAAGCAGCUGUUGAAGGGGCUGAGAAGCUAUCUUCUGAACAGUUGGAAUUCGCAAAGGACCGAAUAGUCAUGGGCACAGAGAGGAAGACAAUGUUCGUAUCAGAGGACUCAAAAAAGCUCACUGCAUACCAUGAGAGUGGUCAUGCUAUUGUCGCUUUGAACACGGGAGGUGCACAUCCGAUCCACAAAGCGACAAUAAUGCCACGAGGAUCUGCAUUGGGAAUGGUUACCCAGUUACCUUCAAACGAUGAAACAUCAGUGAGCAAGAGGCAGUUAUUAGCUCGUCUUGAUGUAUGUAUGGGAGGAAGAGUUGCAGAGGAGCUCAUCUUUGGCCAGGACUAUAUCACCACUGGAGCAAGUAGUGAUCUGUCCCAGGCCACAGAACUUGCACAAUAUAUGGUAUCGAGUUGUGGGAUGAGUGAGGCAAUAGGACCAGUUCAUAUAAAGGAAAGACCAAGCUCUGAUAUGCAAUCACGCAUUGAUGCAGAGGUUGUGAAGCUUCUUCGAGAGGCAUAUGAGCGAGUGAAAGCUCUCUUGAAACGGCAUGAGAAGCAGCUACACACAUUAGCAAACGCACUUCUAGAGUAUGAAACGCUAACCGCAGAGGACAUAAAGCGUAUCCUCCUUCCAAACCAAGAAGGGGAUGAUAAGUUACAGGAGCAACAAGAAGGAGACUUGGUAUUGGCUUAAGUCACAUCAUUCAUUAUCAUAAACACAGCUGUUUGGGGUGAAAAAGGGAGGUUCAAAGCUUUGUACAGAGUAAAUCUCCCAUAGAUGAUUCUACAACAACCAAAAAGAAAAAAACAUGUGAAAUUAUUUAUCUCAGGUUACAAAUUAUUGUAGUUUUUCUAAGUUUCAUUAGCUCAUUAGUUUCACUUCGACCUGGAACCUUUUUCCCUUUUUAACAUUCUGUUCAAUUCUAUGAAAAAAUUGUAAAACAACAUUGAAAAGAAUGUAAUUGUAGUCUUUACAUGUUUUUUCUUUUGGAUAAAUUUGAAAGAAAACAACAAUAAGAGCA